GAAAGGAUCAUUCCAUUUCCACAGCAAUACAUUUUUUAUGUUCAUGAAUGUGGAAAACCGGUUGUUAACUUAAACAAUACCAGUCUUUUGGAAACAACUGCGGCCUCCCAGAAAUCCAGCGGCCAUUUUUGCACAUAUAUAUAUAUACACCCACCACCACCACCUCCACAUAUCUAACUUUCAACCCUCUUCUUCAUCUCUCUCUCUCUCUCUCUCUCUAUCUUUCUUCAACCUUCUCUCUCUAAAACCUGCUACAAUGAGAAUGAGUUGUAAUGGAUGCCGGGUGCUUCGAAAGGGAUGUAGUGACGACUGUAGCAUUAGACCUUGUUUGCAAUGGAUUAAAGAUCCGGAAUCACAAGGAAACGCCACCGUGUUCUUAGCUAAGUUCUACGGCCGCGCCGGACUCAUGAACCUCAUCAACGCCGGCCCUGAACACCUCCGUCCUGCGAUAUUCAGGUCACUUCUAUACGAGGCAUGUGGUCGGAUUGUGAACCCGAUAUAUGGCUCUGUCGGGUUGUUAUGGUCUGGAAGGUGGCAGCUUUGUCAAGAUGCGGUGGAAGCGGUUUUAAAAGGGUCUCCGAUCGUGCAGAUAUCUUCCGACACGGAGGAGCCGAACAACGGUCCGCCGUUGAAGGCGUACGACAUUCGUCACAUAUCAAAGGACGAGAACUCCGGUGGGUCCAACGAGCUUCACCGGAUCAGAACACGAUGCCGUUUCAAGAGAUCAGGAUCAAAAGGAAAAGCAAAAACUAAUCGAGUUUGUGUCGGGUCAAGUGAUCAUGAAGAAUCAGGUCACGAUGAAGUUAACAACAGGUCGUCUAGUCAUGAGUCUACCCUGAGUCACCAAUCUGAAGCGGCGCAUGUGGUGGAAGGUGAGAGCCACGAGACGGCGGAGGAAAGCUUGGUGUCUGUAGAAACAGCCGAAGGUUCCGCCGCUGCUCCGACGAUGCAGGAUAAGAAGGAUGAGAUUGAACUGGAGCUGACUCUUGGCUUCGAGAGGAGUCGAAGUCCUGAAAGUUUUGGAAAAGCGGCUGAAGAUUCUGAUAACUCCGGCGACACAGUUUAUAGGAUGGAACUGGGAUUAGGUUAUCCAAUGUAACCGGAUUGUAUGUAUCUAGUGACUUGGUACAUUAGUUUUGACGCUUCAGAUCAAGU